AUGGCCAAUUCAAGGCUCGAUAGGCUCGUCACCUUGCUGGACAAGGGAAGCACACAACUGAUACGCAACACUGCAGCGGCACAGCUUGCCGACGUACAGAAACAGAAUCCAGACAACCUCUUUGCCCUUUUGGGCAGGGUACUCCCUUACUUGCAGUCCAAGUCAUGGGACACUCGCACUGCCGCGGCCAAGGCAAUAGGUGGCAUCGUCUCAAAUGUGCCCAAAUUCGAUCCGAAUGCCGACGAUCCGGAGACGAAGGAUGACUCCCUCAAACCCGAGCUUACCUCGGUCAAAACCGAGGAGAAGACACCCGAGGCUGAUGAUAUGCUUCAGCUGGCCUCUCUAGAUGUCAAAAUGAUCCUUCGUCAUGGAAAGAAACUACUGGGUAGCGCUGGAAAGGAGUAUGAAUACUCAAUGGCGAGCAUGACACCUGCCCAACGCCUUGCCCAUCAAAAGCAGAAUCUUUCGGCCCGUCUAGGGCUUGGGGGUGAGUACAUCGAAGAGGACCUCGUUACCGAGAACGAUUUUGCCGCCAAUUCGCAGCACAAAUUGGCACAAACCCCAGGUUUGUCCCGAAUGGACACAAAAUCGACAGCAGAGCGAGCGGACGGCCUGGGAACCCCUUCGCAAUACAGUGCCAUCUCACCUUCAGAAAACAACGGACAGCCCUUCCUGGACGAGUCAGGCCUGAGCAAACGACAACUAAACCAGCUCAAGCGUAAAAACAAAUCAGCAGCGAAAGCUGGCGCCAGCAAGAUGCGAGUCGUUGACCUCUCCGGACGGCGUCCUUCGGAACCAGGCCACACCCCCGUUUCUGCCACUCCCCAUCCGGUCAAGCUGAACGGAGUCGACGACUCGAACGGAGACUCCAAGCAGGAUUAUUUCUCCAUCAAGCGGGAAGGUCCCGAUGAUGACACUGCCCUGAUCUCUGAAUUCAAGGGCGAAGAUGUACCGGAAAAGCCGCUGAUCCAGCCCGAUGAGGAACAUGCGCACGAUUGGCCGUUUGAAGUCAUGUGCGACUUCCUUUCAAUUGAUCUUUUCGAUCCCAACUGGGAGGUACGGCAUGGUGCCGCGAUGGGGCUGAGAGAAGUCCUCCGUGUUCAUGGGCGUGGUGCCGGCCGGCGGUAUGGCAGGUCUCGAGCCGAGAAUGAACUAGCAAAUCGACGUUGGCUUGAUGAUAUGGCAUGCCGUCUGCUGUGUGUCUUGAUGCUCGACCGGUUUGGAGACUAUGUCUCUGACACCGUAGUGGCCCCAAUCCGCGAGUCCAUCGGUCAGACCCUCGGCGCACUACUUACCCAGCUUCCCGAUGACAUCGCUAUCUCUGUAUACAACUUUCUACAGCAGAUGAUCAACCAAACCGACACAGGCAUGAAACAGCCGAUCUGGGAGGUCUGCCACGGAGGCAUGAUCGGUCUGCGCUACUUCGUUGCGGUCCGGAAGGAUCUCCUUCUCCAGCAUAACGAGCUGAUAGACGGUGCGAUCUCAGCCGUGAUACGUGGUCUUGCCCACGCUGAUGACGACGUCAAAUCGGUCAGUGCCGCAACAUUGAUACCGAUUGCCGGAGAACUGACAACACUGCGGCCGCACUCUCUUGGCCAGCUUAUCGGCGUCGUAUGGGAUUGUCUCCUCGACAUGCAGGACGACCUCAGUGCCAGCACCGGUGCGGUCAUGGACCUUCUAGCGACGCUUUGCUCCUACGACGCCAUCUUGGAAGCUAUGCGUGCCAAUGCAGCCGAGGAUCCAGAGCAAUCAUUUGAGAUGCUUGUCCCUCGGCUGUAUCCCUUCCUGAGACACACCAUUACCAGUGUGCGUUUGGCUGUCUUGAAAGCCUUAGCAACCUUUCUGAAUAUUUCCAACGUGAGCAACAUGGAAUGGGUGGGCGGCCGCGUGAUCCGCUUGGUGUUUCAAAAUAUGCUUCUCGAACGCAACGAGGGUGUCUUGCGGGCGUCGUUUGAAGUGUGGCAAGCCCUCGUAGACUUUAUGGAGCGACAGGGAAUGGCGAGUUUUACAUCGAGUCUGGAGCCGCAUUUCACAGCGAUGUUGAAGGCUACCAUCCAACCCGUCGGCCAAGCACGAAGCCCGAUCCCAAUGGACGCUUCCCUCCUCAUCAAACCUUCGGGUGUACCCAUGGCUUCUGUCGCCGCAAGGCAUGGGUCAACUUCAGACACAGAUCAGCAGCCGAGAAAACGUCGAAAAGUUGACAAGGAUGACUCGAAUCAGCAUCAUCUGUCCCACAACACCGACGGUCACAUGCUUCAUGGCGAGGUCGACUUGGUUGGGAUGGAGGUCAUUUUGAGGACUAGAAUUACCUGUUCGCGUGCCUUGGGCCUGCUUUUGGGCAAACAGAACGAGCCAUCCGUGCUUACAUACUGGACAAACCUGCUUCCUGUUGUCGACUCAACGCAUUCCAGCACCCGACUAUUUGCAGGCAUGAUUUUGGAAGAGCUUGCCCGGAAUCAGUCCACGAAACCGACGAAUACACCAACGUUUGUGGCCCAGCUUCAACGGGUUCUCGACGACGAUGGCAAUCAUUGGUAUACCGACAUUGUGUCUUCUUUGCAAGCAGCUCGGGGUCAAUGCCAAUCUUUGGUCAGUGCUUUCCAGAACAAUGCACACGUAUCCCGCGACAAAUUGCCAGCCAUAGCAGUGGUGUGUCAAGGCGAAAGCGGUGCUGGACCCAAGGCCUUCUCUCUUGCAGACGCCGAGCGGAUUGUGACGACAGAUUUCGAUCGUCUGAUGAAGGCGCUCACACCGGCGCAAAGAGUCUCGGGAACACAGUACCUCAAUGACGCGCGCACUAACGCAAUGACCGCCGUCGAAGAGGCGAGAAAGGUCAAAGAAAGUCGGGAUAUGGCUAUCAAAGCCACAAUCGCAUCUGUUCUCGUGAGACUUGCCGAGGUCCCUAAGAAGCCUGGCCAACUCAUCAAAUGCAUUAUGGACAGCAUUAAAGGGGAGGAGUUUGAAGAGCUGCAAGCCCGGUCUGCAUCGGCCGUGGCUGCUUUGAUUGACUUCUACACCGCGAGUCCGAAACGAGGCCCGGUGGACAAAUUGGUAUCUAACCUGGUGAAGUUCACCUGUGUGGACACCUCCGAGACUCCCGAGUUCGGCCCUAACUCCAAAUUCGAAGACAUAGUGCUGUCGUUACGGAAAGAAGAAGAUAGGAAAGAUCACCCGGACGCGGCCAGAUUCGAACAAGAGGCCAAGGAAGCACGAAUCAUGCGACGAGGGGCGAAGCGUGCCCUGAACGAAUUGGCCCAGGCCUACGGCGGCUCGCUUCUUGACAAACUGCCCAUUCUCAAAUCACUGAUAGAGAACCCUAUCCGUGAGAUGGUCGAGCCAGCAGAUCCUGCUUCCUUCCAGGUGGAUGACGCGCAGGGCCAAUCCUUGGUCGAUGCCUUCUCCAUCUUGCGGACGCUGUCGCCCAUGGUACACCCCGCGCUGCAUCCAUGGAUUCUGUCGCUGAGCCCCUUGAUUGGCAAGGCUAUGCGGAGCAGGCUAUCCGUCGUGAGGUACAGUGCUGCCAAAUGCUUUGCAACCAUCUGCAGCGUCAUCACUGUGGAGGGCAUGACCAUGCUCGUCCAGGAGAUCUUGCCCAAUAUCAGCAAUCCCCUGGACCUCCGGGAUCGACAGGGCAUUACAGAGUGCGUUUAUCAUCUCAUCUCGGUGAUGGGCGACAGGAUCUUACCGUAUGUGAUUUUCCUCAUUGUUCCGGUUCUUGGGCGUAUGAGUGACGCCAACCACGAUAUCCGCCUCCUUGCUACGACGUCGUUUGCGACAUUGGUCAAGCUUGUGCCACUGGAGGCCGGUAUUCCAGAUCCGCCGGGUAUGCCGGAGUCUUUGCUACAAGGGCGUGAGAGAGAACGCAAGUUCAUGGCACAAAUGCUGGAUCCGAAGAAAGUAGAGCCCUUCCAGAUCCCAGUGGCCAUCAAAGCGGAAUUACGGUCCUACCAGCAAGAAGGUGUGAAUUGGCUGGCGUUCCUCAACAAAUACAAUCUGCACGGCGUGCUUUGUGAUGAUAUGGGUCUCGGUAAAACGCUGCAGACAUUGUGUAUCGUCGCCAGUGACCAUCACAUUCGAGCUGAGGAAUACGCCAAGACGAAGGCGGCGGAUAUGAGACGAAUGCCUUCACUCAUCGUUUGCCCGCCGACGCUUUCCGGUCAUUGGCAGCAGGAGAUCAAGCAAUACGCGCCGUUCUUGAGCUGUGUUGCCUAUGUGGGAUCUCCUGUGGAACGCAACAGUCGCCGUCACCUGCUGGAAGAAGCCGAUGUCGUGAUCACCUCGUACGACGUUUGCCGAAACGAUAACGACGUGUUAACAUCCAUCACCUGGAACUACUGCGUCCUCGACGAAGGCCAUCUGAUCAAGAACCCAAAAGCCAAGAUCACACAGGCGGUGAAGAAGCUCGUCAGCAACCAUAGGCUCAUUCUGUCCGGCACGCCGAUCCAGAACAACGUCCUCGAAUUAUGGUCUCUCUUUGACUUUCUCAUGCCCGGUUUCCUAGGCACGGAGAAGGUGUUCCAAGAUCGAUUCGCGAAACCCAUCGCGGCCAGUCGCAACGCCAAAUCAUCCUCUAAGGAGCAGGAGGCAGGCGCUCUAGCCAUUGAAGCUCUUCACAAACAGGUGUUACCAUUCCUGCUGCGCCGACUGAAGGAAGAAGUCCUGAACGAUCUGCCUCCCAAGAUCCUGCAAAACUACUAUUGCGACCUCAGCGACCUGCAGAAGCGACUCUUUGAAGAUUUCUUCAAGAAGGAGCGGAAGACGGUGGAGAACAGCGUCGGGUCGGCCGACAAAGAAGCCAAGCAACACAUUUUCCAGGCGCUGCAAUACAUGCGAAAACUGUGCAACUCGCCCGCGCUGGUGGUCAAAGAGGGCACCAAGCAGUACGACGUCCUUUCCAAGCAGCUAGCGGCUUCCAAGUCGAGUCUGCGCGACGUGGCUCAUGCACCGAAACUCACUGCACUACGGGACUUGCUGGUCGAUUGUGGGAUUGGGGUGCCGAAUGAUGCCAACGAUAUAUCGGCCAGUAGCGCCGUGUCACAGCAUCGUGCCUUGAUCUUUUGUCAGAUGAAAGAAAUGUUGGACAUGGUGCAAAACGAGGUGCUCGGAAAGCUUCUGCCAAGUGUGCAAUUCCUCCGGCUCGAUGGCAGCGUGGAAGCAACCAAGCGGCAGAACAUUGUCAACCAAUUCAACAACGACCCUAGCUACGACUGCCUGUUGUUGACCACCAGUGUUGGCGGCCUCGGGUUGAAUCUGACGGGCGCGGACACGGUCAUUUUCGUGGAACAUGACUGGAACCCUCAAAAGGACAUCCAGGCCAUGGACCGAGCGCAUCGGAUCGGACAAAAGAAGGUUGUCAACGUGUAUCGACUCAUCACUCGCGGCACGCUGGAAGAGAAGAUCAUGAGUUUACAGCGUUUCAAAAUUGAUGUUGCCUCGACCGUGGUCAACCAACAAAACGCGGGGUUGGGGAGUAUGGAGACGGACCAGAUCCUGGAUUUGUUCAAUCUUGGAGAGAGCUCCGACACUGGUGGCGACGGUGGCGGAGCGGGUAAGGAAGAGGACAUGGUCGAUCUCGAGACGGGCGAAGUGAAGAAGAAAGGCGAGAAAGGCUGGCUAGACGAUGUGGGCGAGCUGUGGGAUGAACGGCAGUACGAAGAAGAGUUCAAUCUGGACUCGUUCGUGCAGAACCUGCAAAAAUAG